CAAGAAAAUAGGUUUUCCUGCCUCUUCCGGGCUUUUUUCACUAUGUUUCAUUCAUGUUUCAUGUGUGUUUCACGUAUUUGACAGUCGGAUAUGUUUUCUUUCAGUGUAGUUCGAAAAAUGUGGAAUGUCGAAAAGUACCUUCAAUUUGCUUGUCAUUGGCGAAAAUCCACUUCUGCCGGCAGAAAUAGUGCGAAAAAUCGCGGAGAGAGCCCUCAAGUUGUGCGAACGGCGUGUCAGGGCUGACGAGGAACCCCAUCCAGAGGUGACACAGUGGAAAGCAGGGCGAUGGAGGCGAACGGGAAGGUGCCAGGCAAGUCACAGGCGCGCCAGAAGAGACGGAAGGAGCGCAGCAAGGCAGAGGCGGCCACUCCCGAGGAGGUGAAUGCCAAAGAGGAGGCGGCGCCCGUGGAGGAGGUGGCGGAGUCCGAGCAGACCACCAACGAGGAUGUGCUGAGCAAUGUGCGCGGCCUGGUGGAGCAGCUCAAGGUGGGCUCCAAGUAUCUCAUGCGAACGCCCAGAACGCCGGACGAGGCCAAGCAGCGCUCCUUCAAGUUCUGGUCAACACAGCCGGUGCCCAAGCUGGACGAGACCAUCAGCACGAAUGAGCCCAUCGACGCGGCGCGCGACGUCGACGCCAUCCGGCAGGAGCCGUACUCGCUGCCGGACGGCUUCAAGUGGGACACGCUGGAGAUCGCGCAGGCGGCCGUGCUGCAGGAGCUGUACACGCUGCUGAAUGAGAACUACGUGGAGGAUGAGGAUGCCAUGUUCCGCUUCGACUACCAGCCGGACUUCCUCAAGUGGGCGCUCCAGCCGCCCGGAUGGCGUCUCGAUUGGCACGUGGGCGUGCGCGUGGUGAAGUCCGGCCGCCUGGUGGGCUUCAUCUCCGCCAUUCCCGGCCAGGUGCGCAUCUACGACAAGACGGAGAGCGUGGUGGAGAUCAACUUCCUGUGCGUGCACAAGAAGCUGCGCGCCAAGCGUGUGGCGCCGGUGCUAAUUCGCGAGAUCACGCGCCGCGUGAACCUCACGGGCAUCUUUCAGGCUGUGUACACGGCUGGUGUGGUGCUGCCCAAGCCCAUCUCCACGUGUCGCUACUGGCAUCGCUCCCUCAAUCCCCGGAAACUCAUCGAGGUGAACUUCUCCCACUUGACGCGCAAUAUGACGAUGCAGCGAACGGUGAAACUGUACAAACUGCCUGACACAACGAAGACGCCCGGCUUCCGGAAGCUCACGCCGGCGGACAUCCCGGCGGCGCACAAGCUGCUGGCGUCGUACCUGAGGAAGUUCCACUUGACGCCCGUGUUCACGGAGGAGGAGUUUCGCCACUGGAUCACGCCGCGCGACGGCAUCGUGGACAGCUUCGUGGUGGUGAGCAGCGAUGGUGAGAUCACGGAUCUCGUGAGCUACUACACGCUGCCGUCCACGGUGAUGCAUCACGCGGUGCACAAGUGCGUGAAGGCCGCCUACUCGUUCUACAACGUGUCGACGGUGACACCGUGGCCACAGUUGAUCCAGGACGCCCUGAUUUCGGCCAAGAGCCUCAACUUUGACGUGUUCAAUGCGCUGGAUCUGAUGGAGAACAGAAAGUUCCUGCAGGAGCUGAAGUUUGGCAUUGGCGAUGGCAAUUUGCAGUACUAUCUGUACAACUGGCGCUGCCCCAGCAUGAAUCCCGACGACAUUGGUCUGAUCCUGCUCUGAGCAGACACACACGCGCGCGCGCUCCCCAUCUUCACGCCCCGCUCCCUCUUUCCUGGCGUCUUUGCACUCUCUUCUUUGGCGCAAAUAUCAAAGUCUGCGGUUGGGGAUGUGCGGAGGAGCAUUCUUGUAGCAUUUUGUCGUGGCAUGAAAUUCACUUGGCGUGAUGAAGUGCGAUGGAGAGAAACUAUUUCUGUGUAAAAUAGGUUGACUUACGAGGAAUAAAGAGAAUUUAGAAAGUGAA